GCCCCGCGCCUUCGCUCCCGCGCGCACGCACUACAGCGCGCCGCCGCCAGAGGGCGCAGCUCCCGCGCGUUCCCGCGCUCGAGAAGCACGCAGGACAAGUGACGCUUGUCCUGACCAGCGAAGCACUCUGGCGACCAUGGCCAAGAAAAAGAUUGCUGUGAUUGGAUCAGGAGCAAGUGGGCUCACCUGCAUCAAGUGCUGCCUGGAAGAGGGCUUGGAACCCGUCUGCUUUGAAAGGUCUGAUGACAUCGGAGGGCUGUGGAGGUUCCAGGAUACCCCUGAGGACGGAAGGGCCAGUAUUUACAAGUCCGUGGUCAUCAACACCUCCAAGGAAAUGAUGUGUUUCAGUGACUAUCCCAUUCCUGACCAUUACCCUAACUACAUGCACAACUCCCAGGUCCUAGAGUAUUUCAGGAUGUAUGCCAAAGAAUUUGACCUUCUCAAAUAUAUCCAAUUCAAGACCACAGUGUGCAGUGUGAAGAAGCAGCCAGAUUUCUCUACCUCCGGCCAAUGGCAAGUGGUCACUGAGUGUGAAGGGAAAAAGCAGGUUGCCGUCUUCGAUGGAGUGCUGGUUUGCACAGGUCAUCACACGGACCCCCACCUGCCCCUGGAGAGCUUCCCUGGAAUUGAAAAGUUCAAAGGAAAAUACUUACACAGUCGAGAAUAUAAGAACCCAUUGGAGUUCACCGGGAAAAGGGUCAUCGUAAUCGGCAUUGGGAAUUCGGGAGGGGAUCUGGCGGUAGAGAUCAGCCACACAGCCAAGCAGGUAUUCCUCAGUACCAGGAGAGGAGCUUGGAUCUUGAACCGUGUGGGGAAGAAUGGCUAUCCCAUUGAUCUGCUGAUCAGUUCUCGAAUUAUGUACUAUUUGUCAAGGAUCUGUGGCUUAUCACUACAAAACAGAUAUAUGGAAAAAGGGAUGAACCAAAGGUUUGAUCAUGAAAUGUUUGGCCUGAAGCCUAAGCACAGGGCUCUGAGUCAACACCCCACGAUAAACGACGAGCUGCCCAAUCGUAUCAUUUCUGGCUUGGUGAAAGUGAAAGGAAAUGUGAAGAAAUUCACCGAGACGGCUGCCAUAUUUGAGGAUGGCUCCAGGGAGGAUGACAUUGAUGUGGUCGUUUUUGCCACAGGCUACAGCUUUGCGUUUCCUUUCCUUGAGGACUCUGUCAAAGUCGUCAAAAACAAGGUUUCCUUGUACAAAAAGGUCUUUCCACCUAACCUGGAAAAACCAACUCUUGCGAUCAUCGGUUUAAUUCAGCCCUUGGGAGCCAUUAUGCCUAUUUCAGAGCUCCAAGGACGCUGGGCCACUCAAGUGUUCAAAGGGCUAAAGAAAUUGCCCUCGCAAAGUGAAAUGAUGGCAGAAAUAAAUAAGGCUCGAGAGGAAAUGGCAAAAAGGUAUGUGGACAGCCAGCGCCACACCAUCCAGGGCGACUAUAUGCACACCAUGGAAGAGAUUGCAGAUUUGAUUGGUGUCAGGCCCAAUCUCCUGGCUCUGGCCUUCACUGACCCCAAGCUGGCAAUACAGUUACUACUGGGACCCUGUACUCCAGUCCAGUAUCGCCUACAGGGCCCUGGGAAGUGGGCUGGAGCCCGAAAAACUAUUCUCACCACAGAAGAUCGCGUACGGAAGCCUCUGAGGACAAGAGUGGUGGAAAGGGACAGUUCUGGGGCAUCACUGGUGACAGUGCGCGUCCUCAUGCUAGCUGUAGUUUUCUUUGCUGUCAUCCUGGCUUAUUUUUAGAUGUGGGAGUGCAGUGCUCUGGCUGCCACUGGAAAGUGCCAUCUAGCCACACCUUCAGAACCUGACAAGACUGAAUACUUGGCUUCAUACUGCACAGGAAUCAAUCACAGCCUCGCUCUUUCCUCCUUCUCCCUCUCCCUCUCUCCCUCUCCUCUCCCUCUCCCUCUCCCUCUCCCUCUCCCUCUUCCUCUCCCUCUCCCCCCCUCUCUCUCUCCUCCCUCUCUUUCUCCCUCCCUCCUUCCUCCCUUCCUCUCUCUCGUCUUCCUUCCUCCUCCUCUCUCUCCUCCCUCAAUCAUUAAUCUUUCUUGUUUCCCCUUCUGUGAUACUGGGUUUUUGUUAAUUAAUUCAUCUCCCUCCCUCUCUUGAGCCUCUCGUCUCUCUGUCAGGUAAUUCCCAGAGCAUGAGCUCAGGUCCCCUUUGUCAUCUUUGUAUGUCAUUAGCAGAGUUCUUCUAAUUCUUGACUCUGUUGUGUUUCUAAUAAUCCACAGCUAGAUCUCAUUGGAUGAUAACCCAUCUUGAAAAGUCUGCUUACAUGAUCAAGCGCAUACUUGCAGAACUUGACCUUGUAAGCAGAGCCUACAUGUCUAUUUCAGGAAUUCCCACAGAGAGCAGUCCAGAAAGAAGAACCAUUUAGUGCUGAUGGCUGGAAGUCCAAAAUCAAGGGUGCAAACAGUGAGGAAUUCCUGGCUUCAUGAUUAAUACAGUGAGGGUAUCGCAUGGGCAAAACAGAAAAUAUGUCAUCAGCUAAGUUCCGACAUGUGGCACAUGCUGAAUAAAUGCUCCUUGAUGUUUAUGAAA